GGAGAGAGGAGCGGCUGCGACUCAGAUUCACGCAGCAACCGUACUUAAAAAUAGGAAUAAAGAGUUUACGCGCAUGAGGAUCACAUGCUGCACCUGUAGGAUGACUUUUAGGAACACAUUUGCGUAGCACAUGGAAUCUUAUAGAAAUCGUAUGGGUGCGUAAAGUCGUGCCAUGCAGGGGAACAGCAGCGCGUUGGCACCGGGUUUAGCGGCGUGCGGACCGGCACUGGACGAGGGCGAUGCGCUGUCGAACCGGACCGCUCUCCACAACCUGUCUCUCCGCUGCUGGCUGCAGCUGCUCUCCAAAGAGUCCGCGCCGGAGCUCUACGGCGACAGCUCGAGCGUGGCCAUGCGCGUCGUGAUUGCGCUCGUCUACCUGACCGUGUGCGCUCUGGGGCUCGUCGGGAACCUGUUGGCGCUUUACCUGCUCCAGUCACGCCACAGACUCAAGCAGUCGUCCAUCAACUGCUUCGUCAUGAGUCUAGCCGUGACGGACCUGCAGUUCGUCCUGACUCUUCCGUUCUGGGCCGUGGACACCGCUUUGGACUUCAGAUGGCCGUUUGGAAAGGUGAUGUGCAAGAUCAUCAGCUCGGUCACCACUAUGAACAUGUACGCCAGCGUGUUCUUCUUGACGGCCAUGAGCGUUGCGCGCUACUGCUCCCUGUCCUCAUCCCUGCGGAUGCAAAGUCCCAAAACCGCCUCGGCCGAGGUCAAGUGGGCCAGUUUGGGAAUCUGGAUCGUGUCCGUGGUGGUCACCAUCCCUCACGCGGUUUACUCCACCACGGCGCAGGUGUCCGACGACGAGCUGUGCCUCGUGCGCUUCUCGGAUUCCGGUAGCUGGGACCCGCAGCUGCUUCUGGGUCUCUAUCAAACCCAGAAGGUCCUCCUGGGCUUCGUGAUUCCGCUGGUCAUCAUCUGCGUUUGUUACCUCCUCCUGCUGCGCUUCGUUCUGCGGCGGCGCGUCAGUGGAAUUCCCGGCUCGGACAGCGAGAGAGGGCGGCACAAGCGCCGUUCCAAAGUCACCAGAUCGGUCACCAUCGUGGUUCUGUCGUUCUUUCUGUGCUGGCUGCCCAACCAGGCGCUGACCCUUUGGGGGGUGCUCAUCAAAUUCGAUCUGGUGCCGUUCAGCAACGCGUUUUACAACGCGCAGGCCUACGCGUUCCCCAUCACCGUGUGCCUGGCGCACACCAACAGCUGCCUGAACCCGGUGCUGUACUGUCUGAUCCGCCAGGAGUACCGCACCGGCCUCAAGAAACUGCUGUUUAGAGGCACUCCGUCCACCCGGAACCUGGCCAAGCUGGUGUACCGGGGCAAGAAGGUGGCGGAGGGUCCGCCUGCGGUGUCCGUGGUGCAGAUGGAGAUCGGGAUGUGACGUUACCAACGAGGAAAACAACCACUGAGACUCGUUUGAACUUUUGAAUGCAUCUUUGUAUACCCCUGCAACAACGUGGAUUUGCAAAUAUCAGACAUUGCUGACUUGAAAUAGAAUCGCAUUGGCGCAUAUAAUACAUGUACAUCACUACACAAAAGUUUGGACGCACUUGUCGUGCUUCUCACGAUCUCAAAAACUUCAAGGCAUGUUUUUUCUUUAUUUU